AUGGUAGGAGAUGGCGUUCGAACACCAGCCGAAGCAAAAAUCAAAGCAGUGAUAGAUUUUCCUAAUCCCAAAACAAAAACUCAGAUACGAACUUUCCUUGGGCUAGCGGGUUAUUACGCACACUAUGUGGAAACAUUUGCUGUCAUAGCCGCACCUUUAACCAACGCAUUAAAAGUCCAAACUGAUGCGUCGGAUGUAGGGAUGGGAGUUGUAAUGUUUCAAUUAGAUUCCGAAGGCAAGGAACAUCCUAUUUUAUAUCAAAAUGGUAGAUAUGGAUUGGAACAGAUGGUCGUGUUUGAUGGUAGAUAUGGAUUGGAACAGAUGGUCGUGUUUGAUGGUAGAUAUGGAUUGGAAGAGGUGGUGGUGUUUGGUAAAUGGUGA